CGCUAUCUAGCACUUCCGGGUUAAAUCGUUGCAGUUCGUUUUUCCAGCAGCACGAAAGUCCGGACCGGUGGUGGGAUUAAAACCGAACCGUAAUAUUAAAACUAUUGCACUGGGUUAUUUACUAUUUUUAUUUUUUUUGCCCUGCGUAUCGGCCGUAUCCAAGAAGCAUAACGGUGACGCGGUUUUUCCCCGGGGGUCGGGUAGAGUUUGCGAGUAAUAUCGAUCUGUGCCUCACCGCCCCCUCUCUCACACACACUAACCGGCUAUACUAGUCAAUAUCCUAAGAGGCUGGUUAGUUAUUUUCUGCUAACGUUAGUUACUUUAUUUUCUAACUUGCUGCAUCUUCCAAACAGAGAAGACGCCCAUCCUGGCGUUUUCUGCUCGGAUCUCUAUGUUUUGGAUCUUGGUAUUUGAGGCCCCUCUGGGGUGCUGGUGGGGGGGUUUACCACACAAUAAUUAGAUUUAAACACCCCCUCCUCCGCUUUGGACUAAAAAGUCCAAAAUAGAUGACCUAUACCCCCAUUUUUUAUCCUUCUUUAGCUUUGCAUGCAACCUCGGCAGCGGAAGACCAUCUCACGACCAUUCAUUUUCAACCUCGAGUCUUCGAGCGAUUUAAACCGAGCUGACAAGGCGAAGGACGAGGGCUGCUCGGCGGUCGCAACAUCUUUGGAGCCAUAUCAAACACACCCGAGUCGGACACCAUUAGGUCCUCGGCCGCGCUUGUGGUCUUGUUUGGAUUUAGCAUCGGAUUUCUCCCGCACCCUGAGCUCCGUCACUCGCCAUGCCCGGCCCAGUGGCCGGUAGUAAAUCUCGGGUUUAUGCCGAUGUCAACACAUUGAAGAGCAGGGAAUACUGGGACUAUGAAGCCCAUGUGCCCACCUGGAGCAACCAAGAGGAUUACCAGCUGGUGCGGAAGCUCGGAAGAGGAAAAUACAGCGAGGUUUUUGAAGCCAUCAGCGUCAACAGCAACGAGAAGGUUGUGGUCAAAAUCCUCAAGCCUGUCAAGAAGAAAAAGAUAAAGAGAGAAAUCAAAAUUUUGGAGAACCUACGAGGAGGAACCAACAUCAUUCAGCUUAUGGACACAGUAAAGGAUCCCGUGUCUCGAACGCCUGCGCUUGUCUUUGAAUGCAUCAAUAACACAGAUUUUAAGGAGCUGUAUCAAAAGUUAACAGAUUAUGAUAUACGUUUUUACAUGUAUGAACUACUAAAGGCUCUGGACUACUGCCACAGUAUGGGCAUCAUGCACCGUGAUGUCAAACCUCACAAUGUCAUGAUCGACCACCAGUUAAGAAAGCUGAGGUUGAUAGACUGGGGUCUCGCUGAGUUUUAUCACCCCGCCCAAGAGUACAACGUCAGAGUGGCGUCACGGUAUUUCAAGGGUCCAGAACUGCUUGUGGACUACCAGAUGUAUGAUUACAGUUUGGACAUGUGGAGUCUCGGCUGCAUGCUGGCUAGUAUGAUUUUUCAGAAAGAGCCGUUCUUUCAUGGCCAAGACAACUAUGAUCAGUUGGUGCGGAUCGCCAAAGUUCUCGGAACAGAUGAGCUGUUCGGCUACCUGCGCAAAUACCACAUUGAACUGGAUCCACGAUUCAAAGACUUGCUGGGCCAACAAACACGUAAACGCUGGGAACAGUUUGUGCAGACGGAGAACCAGCAUCUGGUGAGUCCAGAAGCUGUGGACCUUCUUGACAAGCUGCUACGUUAUGACCAUCAGCAAAGACUGACAGCGACUGAAGCUAUGGAGCACCCAUAUUUCUAUCCCGUGGUAAAGGAGCAGUCCCACAGUAAUUCAGAUGGCAAUAUAGUGACAAGUGGAACCAAUACACCCCGAUGAGAGCAGGCAGUGAAAGAAAAAGGAAGAUGUUUGUUACCUCAAUUUUUUAUCCCUCGUGUCUGAAACCUCUUGAAGUGUACAGUGAAAGUUGGAUCUAAGCAGCACCUGUCACCUCUGUAUCUCAGACACACACACACACCCCUUCAUACACACCCCCCCACACGUGUUUUAUUAAGGUUCGGUCUGCCCCUCUAAAACAGACCUAGAUGAUGUCAAAGUUGUUCGUCCCAGUUGUAGAUGAAGGGACUAUAUCCUUGACUCCACCCCUGAGUACACUGGCCCCUCCCACUAUAAGCUAGGCAUGGAGAAUGAAGAACAGAAUGAACCCCGCCCCUCUCUCCUCAUUGGUCUGUGUGUCUGUCUGUUCAGUAUUCAGACCUUGGCGCAGCCUCCACAUACUGUAGUUUUAAAGUGGCAUGGUGGACCUUUAUUUCUUUGCUCUAGGUAGAUUGAUUACUAUAUUAAUGAAAUAAAUGAUUUUUAUUUAGAUCUA